UACCAGUUUCGUCUCCUUCCACGUGGCUUCCGGUUGGCAGUAGUCGGCCGCUGUUUACACCCGCUGCUUAUUCUCUCGGCGACGUCGGCCAGCGGGGCACCGCAGCAGCAGCUAUGGCGCUUAAACGUCGGACGGGCUCCAAGAACCCUCCAAUUUUCAGCCACGAGUUUGUCAUCCAGAAUCAUGCCGACAUCGUGUCCUGCGUGGCCAUGCUUUUCGUCAUGGGUCUCCUGUUCCAAGUUAGCGCACCAUAUGCGUCAGUUUUCAUCGCCGUGCACCACAACACCACCGACGGCAUGGAGACACAAGGUGUGGUGAACUAUACAUAUGGUGCCAAGGAUAUCUGCCUGACCUUCUUCUACUUCCUCAUUGCCAUCGUGAUGCAUGCCAUCAUCCAGGAAUACCUUCUUGACAAACUGAACCGCAAGAUGCACCUGUCCAAGAUGAAGCACAGCAAAUUCAACGAGUCAGGCCAGCUGCUCAUCUUCUGCCUCGCCUCUUUUCUCUGGGGAGCAGAGAUCAUCCGCAAGGAAGGAUACCUACCCAGCAUCAACAAGUUAUGGGAGGGCUACCCGCAUAAUGAGAUGUCGUUCAUGUUCAAGUUCUACUUCAUCAUCCAGCUGGCUUACUGGCUGCACUGCUACCCCGAGCUGUACUUCCAGAAGACCAAGAAGGACGAGAUGUAUGCACGCAUCACCACAGCCACACUGCCUCUCAUCUUCUUUCUCGUGUCAUACAUUCUCAACUUCUCAAGAAUAGCGCUGUGCCUGUCGGUGAUGCACUAUCUGGUGGAGACGGUGUUCCAUGCCUCUCGGCUGCUGCUCUUUGCAGAGCGCACUAAGGCCUCAGACUACGGGUGAGUGCUGGAUCACGAAGGUGUACAACUGGUGGCUAGAGGAGGAACACAGCAGAGGAUGCAUCGUGCCCGGGAUGAGAUUACGUGCAAACAUACAAACUGAAAAAGGUCUUAGUGAUUUAUAUCUCAGCAAGAUGGACAUACAUUUGUGAAGCAUUCUACACUCAAAUCACGAUAAUUGCAACUCCAAGGGGCCUGAAAAUUUGUUCGAAUUAAAAGAAGCUCAAAUUAAUGAAGGCUAAAUAAACUGAGGGCUCUCCAUGCA